AUGAGAAGCUUAUGCCAGUUUCUCCUUUUGGCGCGAUUGGUCGCUGCCAUCACUGGACCAAGGAUAGAAAACGAUUUCGACCGAAACAGACCAACAAACCAAGGACAUCCUGGUUUUAACGAGCAUCAAACAAGAUUUGGGCUGAACUCUCCGAUACAAAACUUCCAGCAGCAGCCAGCAGUCAUCAACAAUGCCCCACAACUUCCUUUUCCGCAACCAAUACUAAAUCAACAACCUUAUGUGCCUCAGUUUAACAGUCUUCUUCCAGCACAAAAUAUCCCAAAUAACGCCAUCCCUAUUCAAAACAGCAACAACUUUCAAUUUAAUCAACAAUCAAAUGCGAAUCCUCAACUCAACAAUUUUCACCAAAAUGUAGCAUCUCAAAAUUUUCAACAAAGUCAAAACAUACAACAAGCACCUCCGAUUCCAACAUUCCAAAACAGUCUUCCAUUAGCUCAAAAUCCAACAAUAUUUAAUCAUAAUCCAAACAUUCCAUCCCCUCUAUCACUUACACAACAAAGACCAACGCAAGCUGCUUUUCUACCAACUUUACAAACAAUACAAAGUCAGCAAAGUUUUAGUGCUCCUAACCCUAUUUCGAUCCAGGCUGCACCCAAUUUAGCACCUCAAAACCAAAACGGGCAAGUACCUUUCCAAGCUUCCCCACAAAUCAGCCAACUAAUGAAUCAAGGUUCAAUAUUUACCAACCCUCAGCCGUCCGACUUUCAACAAUAUUAUGAACAACAAUCUAAAGAGAACUUAGAAAAGCUUAAGGAACUACAAGAAAGACAACGAAUUAUUCAAAAACACCAGGAAUUCGUGCAGAAACAACAACAAAAACAACAGGAGAAAGUUGAAAAGCUUCAUGACGAAUUUUUGAGUAGACAAGCUACUAAGUCAUUACCAACAUAUACUACUACUGAAAGCUACGAAGACACUUUUAGAAGAGGUCAGGAAAAACGACGACCAAUUUUACCACAUGAAACAGAUUUAUUCAAAAAAGCACUUGACCUUUAUGAGCAACAACAUCCAACAACAACUACCAGUACUACAACAACCACAACAACAACGCAACGGCCAAGAUUUAUUAGGACCAGGCCAACAGCCCGAUCUCGCACUCCACCACAGGACAGAAAUAAACAAAAACUCUACAAUGAGAUAAAGAACCUACUGGAGGAGAGUGAAACAAAAGGAUUCGAUGACAACCUUCGAGCCAAGAGUGUUGCUCUAUUACAAAAACCAGAUAUUUUAAAACAACUUAAAGUAGCUUUAGCAGAAAAUCCUGAAGAUUUUAGCGAGAAAAAUUUCACUUCUCGUGAGAUAUCGCUUAAUGGUCAAAAAUACGAAGUUAUAAGAACAAAUAACCCUAAUUUAAUCCCCAAAGGUGCUAUAUCUGCUGAUAGUCCGGAUUUGGGAAAGUUUGUAGCCGCCACACAAGAAACGCAAAAAGAAAAUCAUGUAUCAUUUGACGAUUUAACAAAGGGUGUUUUGCCACCAGGUGCUAAUUUUGAACUCGUAAAACAAGGUGAUAAUGGUAAAUUAGAAGAAGUGUCAGCAUUGCCAAAUACCCUUCCAAACAAAAAGAAAGUUACAUUUGUAUUUCUAGAAGAGCAGGAUGAUGGUUCCUACAAGGUUAAAGGAGUAAAAGCGAAUGGACAACAGACAGAAGAAGGACCUGAGGUAGAGGAAAUUUUGAACAGGAUUCGUAAAGGUGAAAUUUCUCUCCCAGGACCUACUAAAAUAUCAAAUGGAUUGUUUUCGUCAACAACAGAAAAUCCCACAACGACUAAUGUAGACUACAUAGCGGAAUCAUCACAUCAUCCUUCAACAUACACCAGUUUUGUAACAACUUCAAGUUAUGGUUCUUCUGGACUUACGAACCCUGUACAAACUACUCCUCCCCCGAUACAUAGGAAUUCCAUUGCACCUGCUAGGACUACACAACGAGAAUCUCAAACGUUUCAAUCUUCGACAGGUCGUCCAACAACAGAACGCUUCAUCAUAAAAACCUCUAGCCCAACUUAUACAAUUAGAAGUCAGAAACAGACUCAAAGAAACUCAUUCCCAAGUACAACAAUAGUGAACACAACGCCGAUAUAUAGAUCAACACCUCAAGACGUGGUUGUAAUAGGGUCUUCUACGCUGGCAUCAACUUAUGAGGAACCAACUCAAAAUAUUUUCGCUUCGGCGUCUAGUCCAGGUCUCAUUGAUAUUCUUAAGGAAAAUGGUCUGUUCGCAACAGCCAAAUAUUUGAAGCAGUCUGGAUUAGAUGCAAUUUUGAAUGAGACGGGGCCUUACACUAUUUUCGCUCCAACGGAUAAGGCGUUUAGGACGCUGCUAGUACAACUUGGAGGACCAGACAGAGCAGAAGAGAAGUUCCGUGACAAUCCUCGGCUGUUAAGUGGUUUAUUACUUCACCACGUAAUCCCAGGUGCAUUCGAUAUACAGUCGUUACAGGAUGAGAUGACCGGUGUCUCCUUAGCUGGUACACAACUACGAGUUAAUCAGUACGACAUGCAUGAUGUGGAAUGGAACGAGGUUAAGGUCACCACCAUCAAUGGAGCCCGAGUAAUUGAUGAUAAGAGAGAUAUUCAUAUACCACAGGGAAUCGCUCACGCAGUCGACCGAGUGAUGUUUCCUCUUCCAGUGGGUGAUUUAGUACAGACCCUGCAAGCAGACCGAGAUAGACGAUUCACUACAUUCUUGAAGGCCAUAUUCGUCAGUGGCUUUGCGGAUACUUUAGCGGAAAGCAAAACAUAUACAGUUUUCGCGCCGACAGACACGGCAUUUGCAAAAUUAGCUCCAAGCGAGUUAUCGAGAUAUUCUGAAAAAGCUGCCGCUCGCGCUUUGGUGGCAAGACACGUACUACCGGGCACGCUCUACAGCGCAGGCAUGCGGUACUACCAGCUACGGAACUCCAUGGAGGAUGCUAAGCCGCUCACACUUCAAAAGAACUCCGGUCGAAUAAAAGUGAACAACGCUCAAGUUAUUACACACAAUAUUCCUGCAACAAACGGAGUCAUUCAUGCAGUUGAUACAUUACUUUAG